GCGCUAGUUCGUUGGUGUCAAAAAAUUAGAAAAGAAAAGCAAAGCGCUUUGCGGAAAGCAGCGCAAAAUAUUCCGUAUUCGUGUGAAGCGUCCAUCGUUGAUAUAUAGUUUUCGCUUAUUUCUACUUGAUAUUUAUUUGUUCGGGUCAAAUUUUACGCGAAUCAACAAGGAAAGAUCUGCAGAUUAUUCAUCGCCCGUUUCCGUUGGAAGUAAGAUGAGUUCCGAAGAGAUCACAGAACAAUCGGUCACUGAGCUGAAUCCGACCGAACAGGCAGAAAAGCAACAGCAAUCAGUCAGUGAGCUUGAGAAGCAGGAAGAAGCUAAGAUGAAGGCAAAGUAUGGCCCUAAUGUGGGGCUUGGUGGUCAACGCAGCCUUGGAGGUCAUUCGGCUUUCCUGCAGAAGCGUCUUCAGAAGGGUCAGAAGUAUUUUGACUCCGGUGACUACCAGAUGGCCAAGCAGAAGGGUGGUGGUGUGAAGCAGGUGUUUGCCAAUAAGGUUCCCACUGGGGAAGCCAUCCCGACACCGGAAACUGUGCCAGUGAGGAAAACCUCCAUCAUUCAAACUUGCAACAAGUUUCAAAGCAGUUAAGUAAGCCAUUAGUUCCCUCCCUUUCCAUUCAUCUUUGAUUAGCCAUUUCUCUUCCCGUUACCUGGGUUACCCUCGGUGUCUUGCUUGUAAUUAUUCCCUUGAUUCUGCUGUGCGAGUUUUAAUCUAAAACCCGUGGGGCCAAUUCAUAUCCCCUUUAGAUGAGCUCAGAGCGCCCAACUAAUAUUUGGUCGUGUUUUCAACUGAAUAUUAAAAUGUAUGGUUAGGUUUAUGUGCUAGUAAUUAAUGUUUUCGUUUAUCUCAAAAUGUUCUUGAUUAAAUUCAAUGUAUCAAUAAAAAUCGAAAUUAUUUAAUAAAAAAACUGAUAGGACAGAGGUAUUAGAAACUAGGUAAAACUGCUGGUUAUUCUAUCGUUAAAACCAAAUCAAAUAUGACUAGUAUCAUGAGCAUAUAUUUCGGUGGCACACAGUUUAUCGGCCAUCUUAUUAAUAUGCGUGCUAGAAUGUACUCACAGGCAUGUUCUCUCGUGCAUUGUUGAGUUGAAUCAAAGCACUAGAGUUUCCAACAGUCUAAUGUAUAUGUGAAUAAUUAUUCCUUAAUUUCAAAAGCCAUAAAA